AUGGAAAAAGGCAUCAACAAGCUGAUAAAGCUGAAGUCAAUUCUCAAGAAGCUAAACUCAUUCAACCAAAAGCAAAGCCGUCCGGCGUCUUCCUCCGUAGUGGCUGCGUCCGAUGUUUACGAAUCGUCUUCGGACGUCAACCUCCAGCCAGUCUACGUCGGAAAGUCAAAGAAGCGAUACCUCAUCAGCUCCGACGUCCUCAAGAACCCUCUGUUCCGCGAACUCGCGGAAGUGUCGGGCGAGAACGACGAAGCCGUCAUCAACGUGUCGUGCGAGGUCGUCUUGUUCGAUCACUUGCUUUGGAUGCUCGAAAAUGGUGAUCCUCAGUCGGAGUCUCUGGCGGAGCUCGUCGAGUUUUACGCUUGUUGAAAGAUUACUUUGGCGAUCGAAGGACGGUUCCCGUGGGAUAGUUCUCAUGGUACACAAAAUUUGUACAUUAUGUAACGAUAAAAAUGCAUGUGGAUGUGAUUAGGCGAUGUAGAUUAAGAAACCAGGGAUUAAUGAUUAUAGAGAUUAAGAUCAGAAAGAAAGGUUGAUUUCGACGGUGAGGAUUUAACCGAGUUCACGCCGGCUAAACUGUAAGCCUGGUCGGAGAUUAUAUCAGCGCAUCAUCGUUGUUCAUUU